AUGAGCCUAAAAGUAGGACAAGAGGACACAGGUGGACGCUGGAAACACAACCUCACCCUCAAGGCUCCAGCACCAGACAACCUCACCCUCAAGGCUCCAGCACCAGACAACCUCACCCUCAAGGCUCCAGCUCCAGACAACCUCACCCUCAAGGCUCCAGCACCAGACAACCUCACCCUCAAGGCUCCAGCACCAGACAACCUCACCCUCAAGGCUCCAGCACCAGACAACCUCACCCUCAAGGCUCCAGCACCAGACAACCUCACCCUCAAGGCUCCAGCACCAGACAACCUCACCCUCAAGGCUCCAGCACCAGACAACCUCACCCUCAAGGCUCCAGCACCAGACAACCUCACCCUCAAGGCUCCAGCACAAACACCUCACCCUCAAGGCUCCAGCACCAGACAACCUCACCCUCAAGGCUCCAGCACCAGACAACCUCACCCUCAAGGCUCCAGCACCAGACAACCUCACCCUCAAGGCUCCAGCUCCAGACAACCUCACCCUCAAGGCUCCAGCACAAACACCUCACCCUCAAGGCUCCAGCACCACACAACCUCACCCUCAAGGCUCCAGCACAAACACCUCACCCUCAAGGCUCCAGCACCAGACAACCUCACCCUCAAGGCUCCAGCACCAGACAACCUCACCCUCAAGGCUCCAGCACCAGACAACCUCACCCUCAAGGCUCCAGCACCAGACAACCUCACCCUCAAGGCUCCAGCACCAGACAACCUCACCCUCAAGGCUCCAGCUCCAGACAACCUCACCCUCAAGGCUCCAGCACAAACACCUCACCCUCAAGGCUCCAGCACCACACAACCUCACCCUCAAGGCUCCAGCACCAGACAACCUCACCCUCAAGGCUCCAGCACCAGACAACCUCACCCUCAAGGCUCCAGCACAAACACCUCACCCUCAAGGCUCCAGCACCAGACAACCUCACCCUCAAGGCUCCAGCUCCAGACAACCUCACCCUCAAGGCUCCAGCACAAACACCUCAACCUCAAGGCUCCAGCACCAGACAACCUCACCCUCAAGGCUCCAGCACCAGACAACCUCACCCUCAAGGCUCCAGCUCCAGACAACCUCACCCUCAAGGCUCCAGCACAAACACCUCACCCUCAAGGCUCCAGCACCACACAACCUCACCCUCAAGGCUCCAGCACCAGACAACCUCACCCUCAAGGCUCCAGCUCCAGACAACCUCACCCUCAAGGCUCCAGCACAAACACCUCACCCUCAAGGCUCCAGCACCAGACAACCUCACCCUCAAGGCUCCAGCACAAACACCUCAACCUCAAGGCUCCAGCACCAGACAACCUCACCCUCAAGGCUCCAGCACCAGACAACCUCACCCUCAAGGCUCCAGCACCAGACAACCUCACCCUGAAGGCUCCAGCACAAACACCUCACCCUCAAGGCUCCAGCACCAGACAACCUCACCCUCAAGGCUCCAGCACCAGACAACCUCACCCUCAAGGCUCCAGCACCAGACAACCUCACCCUCAAGGCUCCAGCUCCAGACAACCUUACCCUCAAGGCUCCAGCACAAACACCUCAACCUCAAGGCUCCAGCACCAGACAACCUCACCCUCAAGGCUCCAGCACAAACACCUCACCCUCAAGGCUCCAGCACAAACACCUCAACCUCAAGGCUCCAGCACCAGACAACCUCACCCUCAAGGCUCCAGCACCAGACAACCUCACCCUCAAGGCUCCAGCACAAACACCUCACCCUCAAGGCUCCAGCACAAACACCACACCCUCAAGGCUCCAUGUUACGGCCAGCCUGGGCCAGUAACCGGGUUCUUUCGGACACUCAAUAGAUCGGUAGUGUUCAUCAAAUCCCGGCAAGUCCACUACGUUCAGGUACACGUUGUCCGCACUCAAUGGCAAUCACCACUUAAUGGCAAUCACAGUGCAGAGGUGGCCAGCUCUCGUCAUGUGCGCGCCAAAAUCUUGGCGGGUCCUAUGUUGGCAGUUGGAAUAAAAAGCGCGGCAAGUGAGUCGGGCUGGCAUUUGUUGGCGCGCUCCAGUCGCCUUGCUGCCGACACCGCAGCUGGAGCGAGCCCUUCGCUGCACCUCCUUAUGCUACUCUCAACUCUAUGA